CUGAGAGCGUUCACUCUUGCCUUAAGGAUAAAAAACUCGCGGCAAAUUCCAAAUAAAGGAAAAACCUUGGUUUGAUCCUUUUAUUGUUUUUUCAAGACCUGUGUUUUAGUUAUGCUUCUUUGUUGUCGUGCAAUAAUGGUUAGCCGGAGGGCAAAGGCUCGGAAUUAAGUGACCUCGCAUGUUUUGAAGCUGUAUGGCUUCCGUACGUUUUGGCUUAUUUAUCAAAAGCCAGGCAAAGCUGAUUAAUCUCACGGAUGCCAUAAACAAUUCUCGGGAGCCAUUGCCAUACGAUGGGCUCUUGUAAUUUUGCAGUUAUGUGUAGCACGGGCUAUUCAUUCAAAUAAUCUCUAGCCCGUCUCCACAUUUUCAUUUGACAAGAUACCGCCUCGAAACACAUCUGACCUGACAGAUCUGAUAUAAAUGCAGGCGUAAACGAUGGCCGAUCGACAGGUCUUUUAUUUGUCGUUUUCGUUUAUUUGCGCCAAAACGUCAUUGACGAUCUUUAGAUCGUUUGCUGCCAAGCUGUUUAAUUAACAUGCGAAUAGUUUGCGGUUGACUGCCCGCAAUUGAAAGAUAUAUAAAUUAACCGUAUUAACAUAUUGGGUUACGAGGGGUGAUGGAUAUGGCUUUUAUUCUUGCAUGCAAAUGUUGUUGUGAGCGGCGGAUGAGUUUCGGUUUGACAAGAGGAAGGCGUUUUCUUCCGUUGUUUUCGAAGGUUUCAAGAAAAUGUGAACCUUAAGAUCGAGUGCUGUUCGACAAAUAAUGAUUCCUUCUUCAUACCAGCCUAUUGGAUCAGACUCACCCUCUGAAAACGACGAGAACUUCGACCCUGAAAGCGAUGAAGCCUCACAACAGUCAAAAUGGCGCAAAGCUAUCCAGAGAGUUCGAAAAGCAGACAAGAGUUUCCUGGUGUCGAAGGCUUUCUACUUCUUCUUCUACACAGCUUUGGGCUCACUAUUUCCAUUCUUUAGUCUGUUUUACAAGCAGCUAUGGCUUACUCCUGGGCAAAUUGGUCUUUUGCUCGCUUUGAGGCCAGCUGUGAAACUUGUGUGCUUGCCGUUGUGGAAAAUGGUCACGGAUAGAUUUAGCAAGCCAAAAGUCGUGUACUUUAUCUCAAUCCUUGGAUGGACUGUAGGUUAUUUUGGCCAAUCCUUCGUUUACCCGAACAAUAUUCCUUGUUAUGGAUAUGCCGCGGAGGGUUCAACAACUCAUGAAUUUGUACUUUCAACACCAGCUUCAUCACUUCUCAACUCUAGCGUCAAAUCUGACAGCAACAUUUCCACGAGAGAGCUAGUUCUAAAUUCGCAUCUUUCCGACUCCUUACAAGAAUGGGAUCCAAGGAAUUACAAGGACUUAAAAAAGAUGAAAAAUACUGAAGGGAGUUUAUUGAAGAACGUUAAAUCAUUGAAAACAAUCGACAAUGGCGCUAGAAAGGCACAAUUUGUUUCAACGUGGUCACAACUGAAUGGGCAUGAUGUAAAUGAGGACGAAAUGCAUGCAAAUGUAGAACCACGAGCAUACAGCUUCAAUCAAAGAAUCGAAACUCCUGUUGCUCUUUCAAAACAGAAACUCCAUAUGGAAACUAUAGCAAAUCGUGGCUUGCCAGUUAAGGACGACAGCCAAGCUAAAGUUCCACACGAAAAUAAUAAAGAACAGCUUUUGUCAGAUUCAACAGAAAACAAAAUAGUCAAGAAAAAGAAAGACUAUGGAAUCCGGCCGUACGAGACAAAGGGUAACAUGGUCAAAAGCCCAAGACCAAAAGAAGAUUUCCGCGUCGCAUAUAACACCUGGGUGUUUCGCACUCUUGUUCUUAUUGUGAUUCUUACCGAAAUCAUCACGACACCAACACCAAUGCUGGCAGAUAACGCCAUUGUACGAUCCCUAGUGGAAACUGACAGUGAAUAUGGUAAACAAAGAUUGUUUGGUUCGCUCGGACUCAGUCUCGCCGCCAUUCUUGUCGCUGUGUGGGUGUCCUUGAUGACCGACUGUGUGUAUACAGAUACCAUCAACUACCUGCCCUGUUUUUACCUUUUCGAGAUCGCUAUUGGCAUCACAGUGUUGGUGUCGCUUUGUGUCGAGUUCAACAGGCCACUUGAAGGGGAGCCGAACGGGUACGAAUUCCAGGAUGCGAUGAAGUUGUUCAACAACUUCAAAAAUGGCGUGUUUCUGGUAACGCUGUUCGCGUUUGGAUACUUCCACAGCCUUCAAAAUGCCUUCCUGUUCUGGUAUCUUCAGGACCUCGGUGGAACUCCCGUUCUGUUCAGCAUUAUCUUGCUUGUCUAUUGCCUGGCCGAAGUGAUCAUGUAUUUCCUGUCUGGUCACGUGGUCGAGGCCAUCGGCCAACAAGGAAUGAUCUGCCUUGCUUUCGCUUGCUACACCGCUAGAUACCUCAUGUACACCUACUUAAAGGAUCCCUGGCUUGUAAUCCCGAUGGAAAUGGUUCAAGGGAUCACUUAUGGAGGAGUGUGGUCGAUUGCUGCUGUAUACGUGAACGCACCGCAAGAGGCGACGCCCAUGGUUCAAAGCAUUCUCCAUGGAUGUUACUGGGGACUGGGAAUGGCCCUGGGCUCAGGAAUCAGCGGUGUCAUCAUUGAUUCUGCGGGCACGAGCACUAUGUUUCUUAUCGCUGCGGGAGUCUGUUUCCUCUUGUGCAUGUUUCACUUAGGCAUAGACAUUUACAACAAAAUGAAGGCUUUAGAGGAAGAACAGGAGCAAAGGUUGGCUGCUCAACGAGGGGAUGCCAAGGCAUCCAAGUCAAAAGACAGUAAAGACAGUAAUUUUAUUGGGGCAGCGGCUGCUCCCCUAGUGCCAUGCCUUCUUUACGCAAGAUAAAGUUAAAAGUAUUUCAUUGACGAGCUAAUUUGACUUCAGUUUUGUUGGUGGCGAACUCGACCAAAACAUUUGCGAAUUCUAAUGACGUGUCGUCGUUGAGAGAAGUGGUUUUCGGCGUGCUCAUGUACUUCAUUCAACAAAUACGACCAUGAAACCCGCACAAGUGGGACCCGUUUCUCGAAGGCCCCGGAAUCUUUUUGGGCCCGAAAAAUCCAUUUUUAGUUAAUCGGUAUUUAAAGACAGGGAUAUGUGUACGCCUGAAACUUCUUGUG